AUGGGCUUCUGGAACAGGUCGAACAAGACCUCUGAUGUCGAUCUCCAAGACGUCACAACGACUACAGACCAUGAAAAGAAUACCCAUCCUGAAGAUGGACACCCAGCUGUUCCCGAUGAUGCCCUCCCCGCUGAGGAUGUCACCGAGGGUGUCAAAGACAUGGAGGCCAUCACCCUCGUAUGGAGCAAGACAUCUCUGAUUUGCCUCUUCAUCUUCAUCUGGCUCGUCUACCUUCUCAAUGCUUUCCAAAGCUCGACCGUCGGUAAUUUAUUACCGUAUGUCACCAGCGACUGGGCCGCGCACUCGCUCCUCAACACCAUUGGUGUUGUCGCGAACUCAAUGACCGCCGCUGUCUUCAUUCCCCUCGCCAAACUACUUGAUCUUUGGGGCCGAGCCGAGGGCUAUCUUCUUAUGGUGGGAUUCUGUGAACUGGGCUUGAUUCUGAUGGCUACGGCCAAAGACCUGUCUACUUACUGCGCCGCGAAUGUCUUUUACUCAGUCGGUUUCACAGGCCUCAUAUACAGUAUCGAUGUCAUGACCGCCGAUGCUACCAAUCUAAAGAACCGAGCCUUGGCAUAUGCCUUCACAUCGUCGCCCUACAUGAUCUCAGCCUUUGCUGGAUCUUAUGCUUCGGACAGAAUGCUGGCUGACAUUGGUUGGCCUUGGGGUUUCGGCACCUUUGCCUUUAUCACGCCUGUCGUCUGUGCACCCUUGUAUCUUCUCCUCAAGAUCAACUUGCGAAAGGCUAAGAAGAAUAUUCUGCCAAAGAAGUCUAUUCUCGGCGUAUUCCUCUUCGCCACUGGUUUGGUCAUCUUCCUCCUCCCGUUUACCAUCGCUUCCAUGGCACCUCAUGGCUGGUCAACUGGAUACAUCAUCGCCAUGAUCAUUGUCGGCUUCAUCCUUCUCGUUGGUUUCGCCCUCAACGAAGUCUACUUUGCGCCAGUUCCCUUCCUCAAGUUCCACUUCUUGACUGAUCGAACCCUUGUUGGUGCUUGUCUCCUCGAUCUCACGUAUCAGAUCUCGUAUUACUGCUGGAACAACUACUUCACGUCUUUCCUUCAAGUUGUCAACUAUCUGACGGUCGCAGAGGCCGGUUACGUUAACAAUACCUUCAACGUUGUGUCUGGUUUCUUGUUGUUCCUCGUGGGCUGGGGUAUUCGCAAGACUGGAUACUUCAAGUGGCUCCUCUGGGCUGGCGUGCCGCUUUAUAUCCUCGCCCAAGGCUUGAUGAUCUACUUCCGAAACCCAACUGGCUAUGUGGGAUACUUGGUCAUGUGCCAGAUUUUCAUUUCUGUCGGCGGAAGUGUCUUCACCAUUUGCAUGCAGCUCGCCGUUCUUGCUGCUGUCGAUCAUCAGCACGUUGCUGCGGCGUUGGCUAUGUUGAACGUCACUGGCACAGCGGGCGGCAGUAUCGGCGACACAAUUUCAGGCGCCAUCUGGACGAAUACCUUUGAGAAAGCAUUGAAGAUGUAUCUACCCGCAAGUGCGCUUGAGAACCUCGAUGCUAUCUACGGAGAUCUCCCUACGCAAUUGAGUUAUGCGAGGGGAACGCCUGAGCGUAUCGCUAUUCAGAAGGCAUAUGGAUAUGCACAAACCCGGAUGUUGGCAGCUGGCACAGCCAUUAUGGCGUUGUCAUUUAUCUGGGUCGCUCUUAUCAGGAAUCUGAAGGUCUCGGAGAUGAGACAGACCAAGGGCAAUGUUUUCUAG